CACGUAACCUCUUGGCUUGCAAAUUACGAAAGAUUUUACUGAUUAUGUCUGAAUAAAACUACUUUAGUCGAUAACUGCUUUUUCUCGUCAGUUAAUGGAAUAUUUUUCACAAUAUCUACCAAUUUUGGAAAGAUUAUCAUUCCUUUGAUUAAGAUACAAAGUGAUCAAUAUUCGGUGAAAAUACUUCAACUUUAUAAAUGACGUAGAAUUUAAACGAUACAGAAGGUAAAACAAGGCCAGAAACAAUUAAGAAGUGCUGAUCGAAAGUAAGGAAACUCCAAGUGACCAUGCGUGAUGUUGCUUACAACCUGCCAUUUUUUUAUGGCAGCAUCUCCCGUUCUGAAGCUGACGAAUACCUGAAGUUGGGAGGGUUGUCUGAUGGUCUCUUUCUGUUGCGCCUAUGUCUGCGUAACGUCGGAGGUUAUGUUUUAUCAGUUGUCUAUGAUCUGAAGACCUAUCAUUAUCCAAUUGAACGUCAGCUAAAUGGAACUUAUGCCAUUGCUGGUGGUAAGCCUCACUGUGGGCCUGAAGAGCUCUGUGAAUAUUACUCUCGAGAUCCUGAUGGACUUUGCUGUCCACUUCUGAAACCCUGCCUUCGACCAUCUGGUGUUGAACCCAAGCCUGGAGUAUUUGACAGUAUUAGGGAACACAUGUUGCGAGAGUACGCUCGCCAGACAUGGAACCUUGAGGGUGAGGCAUUGGAACAAGCAAUUAUCAGUCAAGCUCCACAGUUACAGAAGCUGAUUGCAAGCACUGCACAUGAGAAGAUGGCCUGGUACCAUGGUCCCAUACAGCGUGAGGAGGCAGAACGUCGACUAUACUCUGGUGCACAGCCAGAUGGGAAAUAUCUGCUCAGGCAGCGCAAAGAAGCAGGAGCAUACGCUCUUUCUAUGCUGUAUGGAAAAUCAGCCUACCAUUACAGAAUAGACUUAGACAAAUCUGGAAAGUUCUCCAUCCCUGAUGGAUCGAAGUUUGAUACACUUUGGCAGCUGGUUGAAUAUUUAAAGCUCAAGUCUGAUGGGGUGAUACAUAUACUACGCGAAACCUGCAAUAAUCCUAGCCAACCUGCUGAACCAGCACGACCACCUUCACUUCCUCCCAACAGACUAAGUGCUAUCAGUCUUGCCUGUAACCCUGAUGGAUAUACACCAGAACCAAUAGGAGGACGUCGGAUUCUUCCUAUGGAUGCAGAUUCAUAUGUAAGCCCCUACAGUGACCCUGAAGAGUUAAAAGACAAGACAUUGUACCUGAAGCGAGAGUGCCUGCUAAUAGAUGAGGUGGAGCUGGGAUCUGGCAACUUUGGUUGUGUGAAAAAAGGGGUGUAUAGAAUGAGAAAGAAGCAGAUUGAUGUUGCUAUCAAAGUACUGAAAAAUGAUAAUGAAAAAUCAUUAAAGGAAGAACUAAUGAAAGAAGCAGAGUUUAUGCAGAAGCUGGACAAUCCAUACAUAGUUCGAAUGAUAGGAGUGUGUCAAGCAGAACAUCUGAUGCUGGUGAUGGAGAUGGCUUCUGGAGGUCCACUGAACAAAUUUCUGUCUUCCAAAAAAGAUCAGCUGUCCACAGAAAAUGUUGUCGAAUUACUCCACCAAGUUUCUAUGGGAAUGAAGUACCUGGAGGAAAAUCACUUUGUGCACAGGGAUCUUGCUGCCAGAAACGUCCUGCUGGUCAAUCAGCAUUACGCCAAGAUUAGUGAUUUUGGAUUGUCCAAAGCAAUAGGUGCUGAUGACAGCUACUACAAGGCUCGAACUGCUGGGAAAUGGCCAGUCAAGUGGUAUGCACCAGAGUGUAUAAAUUUCCGGAAAUUUUCUAGCAAGGCUGAUGUCUGGAGCUUUGGUGUUACCAUGUGGGAAGCAUUGACUUUUGGACAAAAGCCAUAUAAGAAAAUGAAAGGCCCAGAAGUUGUUAGUUUUAUUGAGCAAGGAGGUCGACUGGAACGUCCUGCUGAGUGCCCAGAUGAAAUGCAUGAACUGAUGCAAAAGUGUUGGACUUACAAGUGGGAAGAUCGGCCUGGGUUUGAAGAGGUUGAGCCCAAAAUGCGUAAUUACUACUAUCAGAUAACACAGAAGGUAUCAACCGAUGACAAAGUUUGAAAAAAUAUCCAGCAUUAUAUUAUACUUGACAAGCAAUGAAGUUAACGUUUAUAAGUCAACAUAUUGCUGUUUCCGCUAUCCUUGAGAGCUCUUGUAGGCAGUAGCUACAGUAACUAUAAAACUCAAUUUUUAGCAUAACUUUUGUUAAUCACAUAAUACAACUUUGAACAUAAUUGUUUUGCUUUUUAAAUGGUGGAGCUAAUUCUGUCCCGUUAUCAAACUGAAACGAUAAAAAUCUGCUAAUGUGACGUUUUUGAUGUGAGUGAUAUCAGGAAGUCUGCCUGGCUGUCUCGAAGCAGUGUUGCAAAAUAUCACAAUUUAAAAAGUUAAAAUUGUAGCAUUUUGUGUUGAUAAAUUUAUUUGACAAUAUUGUAUAUUAAAUUAGAAACGAUACAAAUAUAUGAUGUACAAGAUCAAACUUACAAUUUGCUCUGUUACAAAAUUGUAAGUAAAGUGCCUUAUGAUGGAAUGUUUCUAACUUCUAACAACAGUAUUUUCAUUCAGAAUUAAAAAUAAAGGAGUGCUAAAAUCUU